AUGGGGGAUAGUUCACAUGGCUUGCUGAAAGGGGUUGUCUGGGAAAAAUGUGUGGAACUAUAUUGUUUACAUUACAUUGCCAUGCAAAAGAGUCACCCUCAAGCACUGAAUGCACAUUGGGAUACAGAUACUGCGAGACAUCUACAGAUGGUUCUUGGUAAUUUGAUGAUUGCCAAGGUCGUUGCAUGCCAGGCCAGCAACAGGGCAAAGGAGGAGAAUGUUUAUGUUAUUCCAGUAUAUAAUGAUGUCGAAGGAAGUGUCAGGGAGAAUGACUGUGAAGAUGAUGUUGCUGAACUGUUUCACAGUUUAAAUGGCUUUGAGGAUCUAGAGCCAGGGUAUGAGCUCCUGACAAAAAAGGGUACUUUGUCAGAGCGUCCCAGUGUGGACCGUUUGGCCCCAAUCACACAUGAUGAUUUCCAGCAGUUUGUGGAUGAUGAUGGUCGUGUCUUAGAAGUACAUCAGUUGAAACAGAGGAUAUUCAGAGGGGGUAUCCACCCAAAUUUACGGCGUGAGCUUUGGUGUUAUCUGCUAGGCUACAGUGAAUGGAAUGGGACCUACAUUCAGCGUGAGGAGAAGAAAAGGGAGCGAGAGAACUACUAUUUCACCAUGAAACAGCAGUGGAAGACCAUCAGCGAGGACCAAGAGAAUCGCUUUACAGGUUUCAAAGAACGAAAAAGUCUCAUUGAGAAGGAUGUCAACAGAACAGAUCGCAACCACCCCUUCUUUGAGGGUGAACACAAUCCCAAUGUCACUCUCCUUCAUGACAUCCUUAUGACAUAUGUGAUGUAUAAUUUUGAUUUGGGGUAUGUACAAGGCAUGAGUGACCUUCUUGCUCCUAUCCUCUAUGUGACACAGCACGAAGCCACAGCUUUCUGGUGCUUUGUUGGUUACAUGAACAUGGUGUACCGAAACUUUGACAUGGACCAGUCUGGCAUGAAGCAGCAGCUGAUGGAUGUCCACCAGAUUGUACGAGUUGUGGAUCCGGAGCUCAUGUCCUACCUGGAAGUGCGAGACUCGGCCAACUUUUACUUCUGCUUCAGGUGGCUUCUGGUUCGAUUUAAGAGAGAACUGAAUUAUGCCAACACUCUAAGGUUGUGGGAGGUUUUAUGGACAGGCCAACCUUGUCCCAACUUCCACUUACUUGUUGCAGUUGCCCUUCUGGAUACAGAGAGGAACACCAUCAUGGAGAAUAAAUUUGGCUUCACAGAAAUCCUAAAGCACAUCAAUGACAUUUCAUUACGGAUAGACUUAGAAGCCACUCUCAAGAAGGCCGAAGCAAUAUACCGCCAAAUCGCAUCAUCUCCAAACGUGCCAGAUAGUGUGCGAACUGUGCUUGGUCUCCCAAAGCAGGAGAAACCUAAGGCAGCGCAGCCACACCAGACCACGAAAAAGGGUACUGAUGCUGAAGAACAACCAGAAAGUGACGGGAGCAGUAGUGAAGGAGCCAUUGGUACUGAUGGAGGUGGCCUGGUGAGUGUCGUGAGCAGCAUGAUUGGGUCAGCUGUGCGACACCUGAGUGGGGAUGACUUGAGCAUUGUUACACUGGAUGGGACUGCUGAAUAUGAGAAGGAGAAGCAGUUUGAAGCAGCGCUCAGCCAUCAGUUUGUGUAGGAUAUUAAGCCUGCCAGACAAACACUUAGGUAGAAGUAAAAGUGCUAAAGCAAAUGCAUUACCUAAACACAUGUUUAUAUGUAAAUAUGAAGGUUUUCCAGUGGUAUGUUUUUCACAGUGGACUUUUUUUUCAGAGAUUUUUUUUUUUAUAUAUAUAUAUACUGUAUAGGGUAUUGUAAUUAUGAAACUGACUGAUGUACUUUUGUGAUAAGAGAAACUACUGUGACAUAACAUUGCUUGUAUUCUUUUUAUGGUAAGAAGAAAGACAGGAUGAAUGAAAGUAUUGGGAUUCAAGUGCAAUAUAUAUCUCAUUAAGGAAGUACUUACUGAGGUAAGUCUCAUGCCCAUCAGAAGGAGCAGUGUAUACAUUUCACUGACUGUGCACAAGGGGAAAUUGAGUUGACUUGCUGCAGAGGAUAGUUGAAGUACUGAUUCAUCAUAUUGUGUAUUUUGCUUUUGGUGGCUCCCCAUUGAAAUGCUUCUUGAUAUUAUUUUUUAGAUGGGGGUAAUAUACAGUGCACUAAUGUUAUCUGUUAAGACAGAUAGACUACUUAGAGUGUUAUUUUAAUGCAUUCUGUGAAAUGUAUUGUGUAAUUAAAACAGUGGAUGAAACAAAAAAUUGGGAGUGAGAGAGAAUUUGCUAUUCUUGACCAUAAACUUUAGAAAGUGGAUCAUAUAUUUUUAUUUACUGUCAGGAUUUUUUAAAGGAUGAUAGCUGCUGGAUUUUUUUUUUCUUUUUCUUUUGGUAAAAUUGCAGUAUAAGGAUUACUUAAUGCUAGUCAAAUAGGCCAUGCUGCUACCCACUCCUUGUAGUUCUCGCUACACUAUGCAAUCGCAGUCUUUUUUGCAUAAAACACUUCAUGAUGAGGAUAAAGGGGAAGCAAAAAUUUUCAUGUAGGAAGUAUUAUGAUCAUUGUGAUUCAUUAUUAACAAUAAAUAGAGUCAUAAAGUGAAUGUAAACCAAAUAGAAUGCAAUACUUUAAAAUGCAAUACAUUCACUCUCUGUUCUACUACUUUAUUGAUACACAUUUCUUAGGUUCUCCAAAAAUACCACAAAUCAUUCAUCCUCGUCUACUCUCAGUUGCCAGAAAAAGGACAUCUUGGCAUCUAGCCAUGAUGCUCAAUUGCUUGUGUGUAAUCCCAACCUGGAUCCACCAUAAUUCUGUUGGUAGUUCAACACAGAAUGUCAGUUUUCUUUAGCAUUUAAUUUUCUGUAUACAUAUGAUUGCUUGAGUCUAGAUAGUGAAAAAUUGGAUUCCUCUAGAAAUCUUUCACCAGGAUCUUAGUAGUUUGCUCUGACAGAAACCACAGGAAGUCGGUGGCUGUAUGCCCAAGUAAACUGCAUGCUCAACUAGCACGGAUCCCUUUGGAUGACAAGGAAAUACAGUUUCAUCAGCAGCUUCACACAUCAAAGGAUCACUGGCUAAGCUAUAGUUUUGUGGUUGCUCUUUGAGAAGGAUUUUUUUUCUUUGCAGCAAAAGUGGUGUUCACUGAGAGAGCCAUUUCUCAUAUUUUAUUUUUAUAUGUUUUAGAGAAUAUGUAUGCGACACUAGGUUGAUCGCACACAGUUAGGAAAGGAUACAUUGCUUAUAAUAUAAUGAAUAUGCUAAGACUCCUGUUCCUUUCCAUCAGGGUUCUGUGGUAUAGAUCAACACAAAGUGACUCAGAUUUCAAUACAAAAUCUUUUUGGAAUCCUUGUAGCUCCAGCAUUUCAUAAUCACAUGUUGGGCAUUCAGGAUCUUAGCAAAUUAAGUAACACUAUAUCUAAUGUUAUACUAGGUAGUGUUAUUUUUAAUUCUGUGUGCCCUUGAAGUGGAAUUAUUUUCUGAAUAUCACAUUACAGAGCAUUUUUUUUGUAUUGCAUAUUAUCCAGCUAAUUUUCUUAGUUCCUCUCUUUAUCAGUGUUGCAUUAAUGACUUUUUUUUAGUUUGUUAUCUCUUAGGAAUAGACUAUGCUUUCUCUAACACUCUUUUCCAUGCCAUGUUUCAUAUAAGGUUUCAUUUCAAAUUUUGCUAAUGCAGAUCUUCAGCCAAUAAUCUUUUUGCUGAGUAAUUUUUAGCUGACAAAAUCUCAGGAAUCUUCAAAUUUUGAAGUUCUUUUUUAUGAUGCAAAUUGACCUUAUUAAUUAGAUUUCAUAAAAAGUAAAAUUAUUCCCUUUUUUAAUUUUUAAAAUAUAUUUUGAGGGAUGAUAUUGAUCUAAAGUAUGGAUGAUACUAUUAUAAGUGGUAAUGUUGGUGUUGAUAAUAUAUACUGACAGUGAUAGUUAUAGAGCUUA